AUGCGGGGUCUGGCUGUCCCCGACUCCUGGACAGUGAGGCCCGGGGUCUCGGGCAGAGAGCUGGCCUGGCCCCUUUCGGCCCCCCCGGGCCAGACAACCAACAGCCAGUUAUGCCCAGACCAACUGCUGCCCUCAACCUGGCAGCGGAGAAAGUGGGAGCUGGGCCACCGUCUCAGCCAUGGUGGCAGCAGCGUCCCUGCUCUGGAGGAUGGUGACAGGACCCAGGGCAAGAAGCGGGGCCUGAAGAUGCCUGGGGGUCUCCCAGCAGCACUUGCUCACGUUCACAGAUUCCCAAGGGACACAAACUUGGGGGGACACUGUUUGGCCACCCAAUAUCCUCAAAGCUUGGUCUCUGCCUUGCAUUGCCACUCAUCCUCAGGCUCCCCGUGGCUCCAGGUCCUUGGUGACACAGGCGCCGGCCAUGGCCGUGAGGAGGGGCCUCGAGAAGGGGACCGAGGGCACCCUGGCCCUCACCCCGGUGGGCAGCCCGCACCCUGCUCUGCUGCCCAACGGAUCGCCCGAUGUUUCCUGGGUAACUGUUUCAACCCAGCCUGUCUGCCUGGCACUCUGCACACCCAUGAAUGCCAUGCCUGGCUCCAGGCGGGCUUGCCUGUUUGGCCCCCACAGGCCAGCAGGUGAGCGGCACAGCCCGCUGCAUGGCUGCGUCUGAAGGCCGGGGUCCGGAGAGGGGGUGCCCAGCCCUCGAGGCCGUCCUCACGGCUGGCGGGCACUGCCAGUGGGGCAGUUGCACAGAGCAUGUGCCCCAACCCACGGUUUCACUUGGAAAUUGGAGGCUGUGCGGCCAGUGGGCUGGGCGUGCCUGCAGGCCUUUGCCCACCUGUGCUGUCUAAGGACCCCGUGCAGGCCCGGCAGGCGGGUGGGCAGCUGUCGGGAGAGCGGCGGCCCAGGGGACCAGGAGCAGGGCUCCUGACAGGCGCCGGCACCUGCCACGGGCUUGGCACAGGGGUCACCCCAGGCCUGUUUUCUGUGGAAGCGCCCCGGGCUGGCAUCGCAUGGCCUGAGGAGCAGAUCGUGGGGGCCCCCCGCGGACGCCCUCAGCGCCCAGGCGGGCAGGGGUCCGAAGCAGGCGGGGUAGGAGCCACGGCGCAGGGCGCACGUCGGGAGUGGGGAGGGGCCCGGUGCUUCCUGGGCGGGGUCGCGUGCGGGCGGGGGGUGGGGAGGCGGUGGGGAAGUUCCGGGCGGGGUGCGUCGGGGCCUCGGGGCGGGGCCUGUGCCGGGGGCCGGACCUGCCGGGGGCGGGGCCUGCCGGGGGUGCGGUCGCGCGCUCACUUCCGCAAGGCGCGCGGGCUGCGGGCGCAUAUGGAGGCGGCGCGGAGGACGAGGCUGAGCCUGAGCCGCCGGAGGCCGCCCUCGAGGGUCGGGCCCCGCAGCGACCCCCCCGGGUCUCCCCCGGACGGCGGCGAGUGUGCGCGGCUGUGGGCUGAGCUGCUGCGCGUGGCGAGCGCGGAUCUGAGCGUGGACGGCGAGCUGCCGCCGCUGCCUGCGUUUCCCGGCCAGGAGCCGAGGCGCAGCCCCGAGCGCGCGCCCAUGGAAAGCUUCACCGUGGGAACGGAGACCUUCUCCUGGACGCCCUUCCCGCCGCCCCCAGCGCGAGGCAGGGACCCAGGCCGCUCGUACCGGGUGUUCCGCGGGGCCGGGGGGCGCCCUGGGUCCCCCGCGCGGUCCCCCCGACGACCCCUCGUGCCCGAGCCCCUCAGGACCCCCAGGGCCGAGGAGCAGCUGCCGGACGAGCUGCCCUCCGAGGGGAAGAGGUCCGUGGAGGGGCCGUCCAGCCUGCAGAGCUGUCCCAUGUGCCAGGCUGACUUCACCCGCGGGCUGGCCCCACUGGACAUCGACGGCCACCUGGCCCGGUGCCUGGCGGAGAACGCGGGAGACGGGUGGUAGCGGCACCCCAGCUGCUAGGCCUCCGCUCCGCGUGCUGAAGUCCUGCUGCAAAAGCGUGUCGGUGCGGGAGCCACGUCUUUUCUCUGGGUCCAGAGCGAAACAGCGGGUCCUUUUUUCUCUUUGGCUGAUGCUGCGCAGGGCGCUGGCUGAGGUGGACAGGCCACUCGGCAGACGACCAGCCCCAGGCAGGCGGCAGGGAUCCUGUCCCGAGCAGUGUGGGUAUCUGUGCCGGAGCUGGCGCAAGGGCACACGUCCUGCUGGCUGCAUGGGCUCAGCUCACAUCUCAUGACCGUGUUCUGAUCCCCUGGGUGAAUCUGUUCCUUUUGCAGCCGCAGGUGCCUGUCAGUGCCUGCAGCAGCUUCCCCGUGAGUUGGGACCUUAAGGGUGGGACCUGGCCAGCCGGUGACACCUCCUGCUUGGCCGUGUUUUGUGCAGACUCUGUGCGGCUGGGAAAUGGGGCCAGAGCGGGUGGAGGUGGUUUUCCUUCGCGGGCUGUCAGCCCACGGGUUCUGGAAGUGCCUUGUCUCCACCUCCGCCACGUGGCCGCGGCCCUGGCAGCAGGACGGGCAGGAAGGGAAGGCCAGGCUUCUUCCAGAAGCUGUAUUUUCCUUUCAAAGACACCUUCUGAGGGGCCGCGAGAAGACAUGGGGGAAGCGGAAGGGCAGUUACUCAGCCAGAGACGUGGCCUAAAGAGGCUGCCUGCUGUGUGAGUCCCAGUGCAGGACGUUCUAGAAAAGGCAAAACUGCGGAGAUGCUACCAAGCUCAGUCGCUGCCAGGGCUUAGGGAGGAGUGGGCGGUCUGCAGGCAGAGCGCAGGGUUUGGGGGCAGUGAAAAUACCCUGGGUUACAGGGGUGUUUCCACGACACGCGUGUCAAACAUGGGUCCAAACCACAGACCCUGUGACCCAGAUGUCAGUGCCCCUUCUGCGGGCUGGGGACGAGGACAGGGGCCCCGAGGACUCUGUACCCUCCCCUCACUUUUGCUGUGAACCUAAAACUGCUCUAAAGAAUAAAAUCUUUCUUAAAAAACA